AUAACUUAAAGUCAGACGAUGACGACGGAAAAUGGAAAGUACAGAAAUUUGGAGUCGCAGAUCAGCACAGACGUAGAACCAGACGAUCUCGUCACUGAUGAUGAGGAUGAUCUCCCCUCGGAAUCCUCCCCUCUACUUCCAAACGCUAAACCGUUGAAAAAACCGCGUAGGCCUUCACGAUGGGCGAUAAUCAUCUGGUCAGCAUCAUUGGUAGUAUCAAUUAUCAUGCUACUAUUCGUUUUAUUGUUCAAGUACGACACAGAGGUAUUAUCAGGUCGUGAGACAGCUAUCCCUUUUAGUGACAACGCGAUACGCAACGCAGUAACCUUCGAUUUACCCUCAAACCUGACUUUCGAGGAAGACCAACCUGUUGUAUUCAAAACCAGCGUUCCAUUUGGUUUGGAUUUCGACCAGGCGUUGGGUGUUGACGGAUUAGGACCGCAUGGGAUUGUAGACCCUAUUGGUGGUCCUUUACAGCGCUCGAGACUAGCCAUUGGCAGGUCUUUAGCCAGAUCCAUCAGUCCCCUCGAGGUCGUUAUCAAUUAUCCUAUUUCAAUUGAGGCAAAAUCAUCGAACGAGUCUGUAGAAAUGUUUAAUAUAACUCUACUAGACACUCUCAGCGUACCUAUCACCCCUGGUUUACAAAAAUCUAACAGCGAAAUCAAACAUUCGAAAGAUUGGCUGAGUGAUUUGGAAAUUAAAGCUUCAAUUACUCCUACAAAGGGAUCAGAAUUCGAUUUAGAAGGCUUGCAGACCUUUUUGGAACAUGUAUGGGUUGCUGAGAAGGGUGUCAUGGAUGUUUCCAUCGUCGUACCUCAAGUAGAUAUACAUAUAUGGAAUGGUACAGCUUUGCAUACACAAUUUCAGAAAAACAACAUUCACAUCCAGGAUAGACUCGCUAUACCAAAUCUCGAGCCUUGGCCUAAACCUGGAACACCAAUAGUAGAAACUUACCAACAAAUGCUUAAAUUGCUCAACCUCAAGCACUUAAACAUCGGUAUGAGCAAUAACACGGAUAAAACGGAACAAGUUGAGGUAGAUGCAAGUGCUUCAUUUCCCCUACCUCAACUAGAUAUCAUUAAAUCACUCAAAAAUGUUAUCUUUCCUUAUGAGAUACCAAUUGAUGCUGAGUUACCCCUCACCGGUGAUGAAGGAUCUGGUGCCCUAUCGUUAGCGACUAUCACAUCGAAGCCAGUUACGGUAGCUGAUGAUGAACUUUCAUUCGGUGGUAAAGCUGCAACAUCUUUACAGCUUAAAACACUGAAAAAAUCGCCAACUAUUAAGAAGGCUUUGUCGAGGUUCUUGAGCAACUUCCUUAAUAAUACACCGACACCAUUCAUGAUUAGAGGAGGUGCUGUUAAGGAUAUUAAUACUCCAGACUGGCUUAGGGAGCUUCUUGCGAAGUUCGAGUAUAGCUUCAAAUUGCCAGGAGUACCACCAAUGCCUGACAUUGUCAGGAAUGUGCAUAUGGAGAAUCUACACGUGCGUAGGCAGAGUGGAUUUCCAUGGCCUAACCCAUUACCUGGACAACCGGGUGGUCCAGGUCAGGUUCUUGUUAGCGGUACGUUAAUUGCAGAUAUUGCACUGCCUCAUCAAUUACGCGCUUUGCCAAUCAACGUGAAUAGCAUUCUACCAGAUUUAGUGAUCUUUAACGGCGCACCUCCACCGCUUAAUUCGAGUGUCUCGAUGGCUUAUCCAAGCAAUGCAUUUGCGGUGUUAUCUCCAGAAGAGCCAUUCGAAGCCUACACUGAGUUUGCAGAUGAUCCAGAAGAUGAAGAUGCACCCCAAGUGACAAGGUUGUACGCUGAAGUACGCAAUGCGCCGAUCAAGUUACUCGAAGGCAGAGACGGCGAGUUCAGGUCAUUCAUGGGUAAGAUGCUCUUCGGGAAGGCUACCGUUGGUGUAGAUGGUCUCGCGACUGCUAAUGGCGGACUGAAGAAUGUCAAAGACUUCGAGGCUGUUGAUAUCAAGAAGAUCAAAGUCAAUGGCGAGUUUAGUGCCAGUGGCUGAAGACUUGCUUAGUAAUUGUAUUAUAAAUCAUGUAUCCCGUGUAUUUCUAGACUUGAAAUUCUAAGACC